AGUGACGGCGGUUCUCGCAUCAUUAUCGUUCAUUUCCUUCGGUACUUUCAUGGUUUCCAGCAUUUUCUUGUAUUUUGUUGGCAUUCCUUGGAGAAAAUCGUCUAGUAUUUGUUGUAUUUAAAGUUUUGUUAAUAAAUCAUCGUUGAAGUCUCAUUUAGAGUUGAAAGUUCCUCAUCAUGGGAAUUAAGGGACUUUCCCAGUUGAUUGCCGAUAUAGCACCCUUUGCAGUUAAGGAAGGCGAAAUCAAAAACUUCUUUGGUCGCAAGGUGGCGAUUGAUGCAUCUAUGUGCUUGUAUCAGUUCCUCAUCGCAGUUCGGGCUGAAGGAGCUCAGCUGACUUCGGUAGAUGGAGAAACGACAUCUCAUCUUAUGGGCACAUUUUAUCGUACUAUCCGUUUGCUCGAAAAUGGAAUAAAGCCGGUUUACGUUUUUGAUGGUAAACCGCCAGAUCUUAAAUCUGGAGAGCUGAGCAAACGUGCGGAAAAGCGCGAGGAAGCUCAAAAGGCUCUGGACAAGGCCACGGAAGCUGGAGCGACCGAAGACAUUGACAAGUUUAAUCGACGUCUGGUGAAGGUAACCAAACAGCAUGCUGCGGAAGCUAAGGAGCUACUAAAGCUCAUGGGUGUGCCUUAUGUGGACGCUCCCUGCGAAGCCGAAGCCCAAUGUGCGGCACUGGUCAAAGCUGGAAAAGUUUAUGCCACAGCUACUGAAGAUAUGGAUGCUUUGACCUUCGGAUCAAGUAUUCUUUUGCGUCACCUAACAUUUAGCGAAGCACGUAAAAUGCCUGUCCAAGAAUUCAACUAUGAAAAAGUCAUCAAAGGAUUUGAGCUCAGUACUGAUGAAUUCAUUGAUCUGUGUAUUUUGUUAGGUUGUGAUUAUUGCGAUACAAUCAGAGGAAUAGGGCCAAAAAAGGCUAUUGAAUUGAUCAAUAAGUAUCGUUCGAUUGAAGAUAUCCUUGAUAAUCUCGACACCAAGAAAUAUAUCGUCCCAGAAAACUGGAACUACAAACAAGCACGGGAGCUUUUCAAACGUCCAGAAGUAACAGAACCGGAAUCAUUGGAAUUAAAAUGGACCGAACCAGAUGAGGAAGGCCUUGUUAAGUUUCUGUGUGGGGAUCGCCAGUUUAACGAAGAUCGAAUCAGAGCUGGAGCUAAGAAAAUACUCAAAACUAAAUCAACUGCUACACAAGGACGUCUUGACUCUUUCUUCAAGGUACUUCCAUCAUCACCAUCUCCUUCGAUGAAACGCAAACCAGAUGAUAAAAAAUCUACACCAGCUUCGAAGAAAGCCAAAACAGCUGGAGGCAAACCUGGUCGGAAACCAAAGUAAUCAGACGGGUUAUUAAAAAGUCUUCUUUACUUAACCCAAAAUUAUCGAUUGUAUUUUUAUUCCAAUAAACGUUGAUUGAUUCAGA